CUUCUUGAUUGCAGGGUUGGACUAUUUGCACUCAGGAUGUAAUCCGCCGAUCAUUCACAGGGAUGUGAAAACAACAAAUAUUCUUUUGAAUGCAAAGAUGGAAGCAAAAGUAGCAGAUUUUGGAUUGUCCAAAGCUGGCAAAAAGGACGAUGUGACGCAUUUAUCAACUGUAGUUGCCGGCACACCCGGAUAUAUUGAUCCUGAGUAUUACUGUACAAACCUACUCACCAAGAAGAGCGACGUCUAUAGCUUCGGUGUGGUUCUAUUUGAGCUCAUAACUGGACGUACUCCAUUGUUCGAUGUAUCCGGAGAGCGUUUCCAUAUAGUUCAAUGGGCAACGGCAAGACUGGUUAGAGGGGACAUCCAGAGUGUUGCAGACCCUAAACUGGGUGCGCAAUAUGAAGUAAACUCCAUGUGGAAAGUUGCAGAUCUAGCAAUGUCCUGCACCUCUCAACAAUCUCAUUCAAGGCCCCGCAUGAGUGAUGUAGCAAUCCAACUGAAGGAGGCCAUCGAGGUAGAGACUUACUAUCGACAGAGGACUGGUUGCUCAUUUGCAGAGGUUCAACAUUCAUCGUCAUCUUCUUAUGAAGUUUCCAGCUCAUUUCCUUCAGCUUCGUUUCUACCACCAGCCAGAUAG